GUGGGGGGGGGGGGGGGUAGAAGAGGUGAAGGCAGACGGAAACCUAAAUCCAUAAGACUAGAAGAUCGUCCGUUGGCCUGAGCAGCAACGGCAGAACAGCACUGGGAAGGCACCUGGUCAACAGCUCAGAGGUUUCCUGGAUCUGGACUGGGACGUUUGCAGCCGCCAUCUGCCUGAAUCCUGUAGGAUCUGCCUUGGGCCUACACACCGGACCGGGCUCAGCCCACGAUGACAACAUGAGGGCAGCAGAUUAGUGCUUUCUGCUGAUCCAGCUCCUCCAAACCCAACAGGACGGUGGACGUCUGUCACACACACACACACACAAACACACGCACGCACGCACGCACGCACACACACGCGAACGCCGCGCACGCAUCAUGGACUCUGUAGUGAGGAAGACCCUGAGGGGGCCCGUCAGGAAGCUGACCAGCUGUGUGUCGGGAGAGAGGGAGAAGGAGGUGAUGUUCGACCAGAGGCAGAGGAGAGCCAGAGGAGGAGCAAGAGGAGCAGGAGGAGGAGCAAGAGGAGCAGGAGGAGGAGCAAGAGGAGCAAGAGGAGCAGGAGGAGCAGGAGGAGGAGCAGGAGGAGCAGGAGGAGGAGGGAGAGAGGGAGCAGGAGGAGGAGGAGGAGGAGUGAGAUCAGCACGUAGACGUCCGUGCAGAGGCACGCCUCCUCAGGCAGCCCCCUGCCCCAGGGAGUCCGCGGCCCCCCGCUCCCACCAGCCUGGCCUGGACCCGGAGAGGAAGCCGCGAGAAGGUCUGAAUGCUAAGAAGAACGCCGAGAGGGCGGCCCUGAGGGCUCACUACAGGAGGAAGUACCAGCUCACCAGGAGCGCCAAGGACACGGACCAUUUGAGGCCGUUUGGGGGGAAAAUAGCUCUCCCCCGCGAGCUGGCGAAAAUAGUUAAUUCCGACAGUAAGAGCAAGGACGAUGGAUUCAACUUAUUGAAGGCGUUCCAAGGCCUCAGCUUCAGCACGGGGCCGGUCCAAGGGGCCAGACGCAGCCACACUCCCACCCCUCAAACAGCCAAUGGGGCCACGUGCCAAGUCAUGUGAUCGGGAGGUGGUCUAUGACUGUGCUGGUUGUGAUGGGACCAUUACAACUCCACACGGGACAGACCAUGAGGUCAUACACAUGACCAGCUCACCAACGGCUGGAUGCUUUACAUGAAUCUACACAUUUGACAAAUUCAUGUUUGAUAUGCUUUUUGAAUACAUUUUAUUCAUAUUUCUUGCUAACUUUUAAUAUGUAUUAAAUGCGCGGUAUUAUAUUUGAUCAUAACGUAUUGUAUAUGUUGAUUUGUAAUGGUUUUUAAGAUUUGUUUUAUGCAUUGUCACAUAAUCACUAUUACAUGUACACAUUUUAUUUAUGUUUGUAUUCAUUUAAGUUUUUGUACUUUCAUCAAUCCUAAGCACCUUGUGAGGUUGACUGAAGAUUAUAACUUCUGCAUGAUCUUUUUAAGAAGGGCCAUUUUGGAAUAAACUGCUUUUGCUUUGCA